CAAAUGGGAUUGUUUUCAACCAGGAAGCUGCAGAAGUGUUCGUGAGACCGGGCGACAAGAACUCAAUGUGCUUUUGACAGUUGCUGACGUCGAAUUGCUUGAUGACUCUCGUCUGUCUGUCACUCCACAACUCGGACAACUCACCUGUACCAGUUUGCUACAUCGAUCAAAAUGACGGCUUUAACAUGGGAGGAGAAAGAACAGUUAAUUACCCGCAACCUUCAGGAGGUUCUCGGUCAGGACAACAUGCGAUCUAUUCUAAAGGAGCGCGAUUUAAAAAUAUACUGGGGCACAGCAACAACCGGCAAGCCACACAUUGCCUACUUUGUGCCCAUGUCAAAAGUGGCCGAUUUCCUGAAAGCCGGAUGCGAAGUUACCAUUCUGUUUGCGGAUCUACAUGCCUAUCUGGACAAUAUGAAGGCCCCAUGGAUGCUACUGCAAGAACGGACCAAGUACUAUGAGGCGCUAAUCAAAGCGAUGCUGACAUCGCUGGGAGUGCCCUUAGAAAAGUUAAAAUUUGUGCGGGGAACAGAUUAUCAGCUCUCGAAAGAAUACACGCUGGAUGUUUACAAAUUGUCCUCCGUGGUGACUCAACACGAUGCCAAGAAGGCGGGAGCAGAAGUGGUGAAGCAGAUAGACCAUCCAUUGCUAUCGGGGAUCUUGUACCCAGGCUUGCAGGCCCUGGAUGAGGAGUAUUUGAAAGUGGACGCUCAAUUUGGUGGCGUGGAUCAAAGAAAGAUUUUCACCUUUGCUGAGAAAUAUCUGCCGCAGAUGGGUUAUGCCAAACGAAUUCAUUUGAUGAACCCGAUGAUUCCGGGUUUGGCCGGAGGAAAAAUGUCAUCUAGUGAAGAGGACUCGAAAAUCGAUCUUUUAGAUAGUGCAGCCAAAGUUAAGGCGAAAAUCAAGAAAGCUUUUUGUGAACCGGGAAACAUCGAGGACAAUGGACUGCUGAAAUUCGUCAAACACGUAAUCUAUCCGAUGUUCAAGAGUGGCGAAGGUUUUGAAAUUAAACGAAAGGCUGAGUUUGGUGGAGAUUUGAAAUUCGAGAAUUAUGAGGAUCUAGAAUCAAUGUUUGCCUCACAGGAAUUGCAUCCAGGUGACCUCAAGACAGCGGCUGAAAUUUAUAUUAAUCGCUUGCUGGAACCGAUUCGUCAAGUAUUCGAUAACGAAGAACAUCGACAGUUAACGGAACGAGCCUAUCCAACUGGAGCGGGAAGUAAAAAAAUCACAACAGCGCAAGUCUCCGGGGAGAACACUCCGGACAAGGUGGAACUCAAAGUAGGAGAAAUCACCGAAGCUGUGAAGCAUUCGGACGCGGAUACUUUGUGCAUUCUGAGUGUGGAUAUAGGAAGCGAUACGAAAAAAUCAAUUGUCAGCAAUCUCAUGGCUUAUUACAGUCUGGAGGAUCUGAAAGGACGUUCGGUUGUGACGGUGACCAAUAUGAAAUCUUCCAAAAUUCGUGGAGUCGAGAGCGAAGGCCUUGUACUUUGUGCCUUCAAUCAGGACAAAUAUGAAUUACUAUCAGUUCCCGAUGGAGCAAAGCUGGGGGAUCGCAUCAUCGCGGAAGGUUUCGAUAACACCAAAGCUGAAAUUGCACAGCUAAAUCCGAAGAAAAAGGUUUGGGAUAAGAUUCAGGCCGAGCUGAAGAUCAAUGCCGACGGCGAAGCUCUAUGGAAGGAUUUUGCUCUACUAACCCUGAAUGGAGACAAAAUUACCAGUACGUUGAAAGAGUGUAGUAUCAAGUAAACUGUUGAUGGUUGUGGCAAAUGCUACGAUUUCUUAUUAAAAAGAACAACCACGCUUCAAAAGUGAAAAAGGCAAUGAAAAUAGAAUUGCUAUACGUCUUAUUUCGUUAAAACUAUGUGCGCAGUACACGAUAUUAUUUUUGCAUUUUGUUAGUUUCUUUUGUAUAAACAAACGCAUAGUCGUUAUAUGCUGCGAAGUUAAUAAAGCUUAACUACGUUAAGGAAUACAAUCGAA